AUGGCCCUGCAGGCAGUGCCACCCCAGCGUGCCCAAGACUCUUCGGCAGCUCCCCGGCCGCAGGCCCGCGACGGUUCGGCCGAUGGCGCGGCCGAUGCAACGGCUGAUGUCGAUACUCGUGAUGCCACCGUUAUUGCCACUGCUGCCGCUGUCGCCGCUGAUGACGACCGACGCGCCGCGCAGUCGCUGACCAGCUCUAAGCCAACUCCCCCAAGAUGCGCCCCUGGCGCCGCCGACCGAGCCCUUGAUCAGGACGACUGCUCAUGGAUAACGCCAAAGGACAUGGCCAUGAUCUAUGCUCUGGGCGGCACCGACUCGGCCACCAGGCCUCGCGCCGACACCCUGAGGCAGCAGCGCAUCAGGAGACUACCCCGGGGAACCAGACCCGUGAGGCUCAUUGGCGAAGGCUCGGCCAACGCCGUUUUCGAGUUCAGGGUGCCGCGGCGCAAUGGCGGCGGUUACGACUUUAGUGGUCUGCUCUUGAGGGUGGCUAAAGUCCCGACUCUUGACCAUCCGCCGACGUACAAUUAUCUCGUACAGCAAAAGUUCUACCAGAGCGCCAUCAAGCCUCUCCUGGGCACCUACGCCAUUCGUCAAGAACUCGUCAUCCUUCGCAAAUCUGGUAUCGUGGAGGAGCUUAACAAGCACCUCCGUGACAUCGAUGAAACGCGCAAGGACAAGUUCAAGGGCACCUUUAUCGGACAGACGGACUGGGGAUUCCUCGUCGAGGACAUGCGACCAGACAAGCCCGAAGACUCCAUCUUGAUCGAGUUCAAGCCAAAGUGGCUCUCCCAGUCUCCCAGCGCCCCAAAGGAUGCCGUCAGAUGCAGGCAAUGCGCCAUGGAGCUGCGGAACCUCAUCCACGACCCGUCAUGCAGCAGGACCAUGCCGGACAAGAAGCCUUGCCCGCUGACACUGGACACCGACGAUGCUCCUCCGCAAGCUAGUUCACCCUUCCGCAUCGCCCCGAAGCUCGCCUUUGCCGACGAGCGAGAGCAUUACCGGGCAGUUCUAUCCAACGUUGCAAGACACCCUGCGAUUCAUGACCUGAAGCUUCAGCAAAUUCGCCAUGACAAGCUCGGGCCACUAUUCGCGGAGCCCUCGGAUCCUCGCUUUGUUGUCGCCAUGACGCUCCGCGACUGUACUUGUUUUGUUCAAUUACACCGCCGCGACCGCUCUGUCAAGCUGCGGAUGGGCGACUUUGACUGGAAAGACCCCCUAGUCAAAUUUGAGCGUUGGCGAAAGGCCGAACAAGAGCUCAUCGAGAGGGGCUUCUACACGGCGCGGUGGAUACUCUGCAGCGGCGUGUUCUACCGCCCACCCACGCUAUGCGCUCUCGAGUGCGCUGCGAUAUCGCCGAGCAAGCACGCAGAGAUAAUCAACAUCAGGGGCAAGGUUGAGGCAGGCCAUGCGAACGGGGACAAUGCCAUGGUCGAGGAAAAGGCGGGGACCAAGCUGUUCAAUCACACGGCCGAGGUCGCGUCGUUGCAGCGACUCCUCGAGCCGUUUCGGAUAGACACGGCAAACGACAAGGCAGCCGCUGGUGGCCAAGCGUGA